AUAGUAACUAGGUCAGGUGUUGUCAGUUAUGUUAGGCUACAGUGUACUACAAUGGGGAAGGAAGUCUGCAUAAGGGCUGACCUGGCUGAUUUCUUGCCACUUUCUCCGGAUACUUUGAAGUGGUAAUAUUCGAAGCUGGCCAGCUUGCCAGGAAAAGCAAAACGUUUGACAGUCUGUUCGCAUUCGAAAAGGAAGACAGUGUAUCCCCCAAGAGAGAUGAACUGAUACACUUUUUCCUCAAACUUGAUCAAACAGAACAUUUUUUUCACAGGAGUUACCACUGCCUGCAAAUAGUAACCCCAUUUGACUGAAUCGAAGAUAACGUAGACACAAACCUACAGCCCAGACUUCAGGCAAAAUGGCGUCAAGGAGAAGCCAACACACUGAACAACUCAAAGGCAAAGUCUGUGUCGUGACCGGAGCCAGCUCUGGGUUAGGGGAGAGCAUCGCCAUCAUGUUCGCCCAGAGAGGGGCAUCUGUCACCUUAUGUGGCCGGAAUGAGGACAGGCUCCAGGCCUCCUUGACCUUGUGUGUCCAGGCCAGUGGAGGUCAAGCUGACCGCUUUUUGGCCGUGAGCGGGGACGUUGUCGACCUCUCUGCAAGGAAGGCGAUUGUGGAGAAGACGGUAGAGAAAUUUGGACGUCUGGACGUGUUGGUGGCUAAUGCUGGUGUAGCAGAUCCUCAUUGUGGUAUUCUGACUGCCAGUGAAGAGACUUUUGAUAAAAUCAUGAACACGAAUGUAAAAGCAGUGUUCUUCCAGAUUCAAGAAGCGGUGCCACAUCUGGCAGCGAGCAAGGGCAACAUUAUCGUUGUGUCAUCCAUGUUGUCAUUUAUGGCUUGCUCACCCAACAUCCUGUAUCCGAUGUCAAAAGCGGCAGUGGAUCACAUGAUCCGAUGUCUGGCCGUCGACCUUGGGCCGAAAGAGAUCCGGGUCAACGCUGUGAAUCCUUCCCUCAUUCCCACAAGAAUGCGUAGAGACUACGCCCCCGAUGAAGAAACUAUGGAUAAGCAGUACAACCAAGCGCUUGUCCCAGAAAUUGAAAAACAGCCUCUGGGCAAUGUGGGCGUGACCAAAGAGGCAGUGGCUGAGGCUGUGAGCUUCCUUGCAUCGGACGCCGCCAGUUUCCUCACAGGUCUGUGUAUGCCGGUGGAUGGCGGCAGAUCUUUCGCGGGGACAUUUGGGAACAAGUCCUAGUGCUAGGGAAUCUAUCUACGCCGUCAUGUCCGGACUUUGGACACAGAUAGCGGAGACACACACCAUUAAAAGAGACUCAAAGCUGUUGAAAUUACAAUAAAACAAAAAUUUUGAAAGACUCUAA